AUGGACGCCGACGACUCCUCGUACGCAUCGUCCUCCUCGUUCUCUCCGCCGCCGUCCCCCGCCGAUCAUCUCCGCCUGCCCCCGAAGCGGCGUGCGGGCCGCAAGAAGUUCCGGGAGACGCGGCACCCGGUGUACCGCGGCGUGCGCGCGCGCGCCGGUGGCACCCGCUGGGUGUGCGAGGUGCGGGAGCCGCAGGCGCAGGCGCGCAUCUGGCUCGGCACCUACCCGACCCCGGAGAUGGCCGCGCGCGCGCACGACGUCGCCGCCAUCGCGCUCCGCGGCGCCACCGCCGCCGACCUCAACUUCCCGGACUCUGCCCACGCGCUCCCGCGCGCGCGCACCGCCGCGCCCGACGACAUACGACGCGCCGCCGCGCAGGCCGCCGAGCUCUACCGCCCGUCUCCUUCUUCCUCUUCCGCCUCCGGCCUGCUGCUGCACCACGGCCGCCGGACGAUCGCUGCCCCGCCACCGCCGCUCUCACUGCCGCCGCCGGAGGCUUCUUCUACCUGCUGCUGGACGACCAGUACAGGAACCCGAGGAGCAGGUACCACGCCGACCUGCUGCGACGGCUUCCUGGACGAGGAUUCCAUCUUUGACAUGCCAGGGCUCAUCCACGACAUGGCCUGGGGGAUGCUGCUCACGCCACCAGCCAUGGGCCGGGGCCUCGACUGGGGCGCCCUUGACGACGACGACGACCAUAGCCACGUCGACUGCACGCUCUGGACGCUGGACGGAUGAUGUGAUGACAAUCAUAUAAUUCCACACAAAUUGUACGGAUGUUUUUGCCACCCAAAUAAACGUGUGCUUCCUAUA